CGAGGAAAUAAACAAAGCCAACGUUUGAGAGUCAACAAACAACAACAACCAGGAACAAAACAAACACUUUCCUCUGUAAUGGAGGAACCGAUGGAAAAAGGGUUAUUUUUCAUCAGAUUUCUGCUGAUGUUUUUGGUUAAGAUUGACCCUUUUUAGUUGGAGUUUUCACUUUAGCUCGAAUGUUCAAAAUUUUGAUCUGGGUAUGUGGUGAAAGAGGCUGGAGUUUGAGAAGUGAAUAAAUAAAGGUUCUUGGAGCAUGAGAUUGGACAAAGCGCGGUCUGGUCUGAUUUUUAGCACUAAAAAAGGUUGGGUUUGAUUCUAGUUUUCAAAAGAAAGAAGGGGUUUUGAGCCUCCUGUAAUUGACUUAUUCAAAUAUUGGGUUUAGGACAAAAAUUUCUCGAUAUCUUUAUCUCUCUAGUAUUUAUUUUUUCAAAUAUUGGGUUUUAAGUAUUUGAGCUUUUUGCCUUCGAUUUGGCUUGGUGGAGUUUUUACUCGCUUUAUAUGUGGUCUCUAUUUGAUGAUUUUCUGAAAUUUUAGAGGGUGGCGCUUUCUUUCUUUCUUUCUUUCUUUUGUUUUUCUUCUGUAUGAGUAUGUUAAAACAGAUUCUCAGUAAGCUUCCCCGGAAGUCUUCUAAGAGCAAUGGAAAACAUGAAUAUGGUGGAAGCAAUGCUACUUAUUUUAACAAUGCUUCUACCAAUUCCAGAAGCAGUGAGUUAGAAGAGACUAACAAGUCUAGAACUUCAGUUAUAUCGUUUCCUGCUGGUAACAAUUAUGCUUCAGAAGUUGAGCAAAAUCAUGGUAACAAAAAUGGUCGAGUUGCGAAAUUGAAGCCAAACGGCAUUGCAGUGCCUUCUUCUUAUGAAGCACUGCCUGCGUUCAGGGAUGUUCCAAGCUCUGAGAAGCAAAGCUUAAUGAUAAAGAAGUUAAAUUUGUGCUGUGUUGUGUUUGAUUUCACUGACCCAACAAAGCACCUCAAAGAGAAAGAGAUCAAACAACUAACAUUGUUGGAGCUAGUGGAUUACUUGACUUCUGCAAAUGAUAAGUUUUCUGAAACCGUCAUGCAAGAAGGUAUUAAAAUGGUAUCCACAAACUUAUUUAGAACCUUCACUCCACAGCCGCGUGAGAACAAAGUUGCAGAAGGGUUUGAUUUGGAAGAGGAGGAACCUUCCAUGGAUCCUGCAUGGUCUCACUUACAAAUUGUAUAUGAGUUUUUUGUAAGGUUUGUUGCAUCAUCUUAUAUCGAUGCGAAACUAGCUAAACGAUAUGUUGAUCACUCUUUUAUUCUUCAGUUGCUGGAGCUUUUUGACUCUGAAGAUUUUAGAGAAAGGGAGUAUCUGAAAACCAUUCUGCACCGCAUUUAUGGAAAGUUUAUGGUGCAUCGUCCUUUCAUUAGGAAGGCUAUCAACAACAUUUUUUAUCGCUUUAUCUUUGAGACAGAGAGGCAUAAUGGUAUCACUGAACUUCUUGAAAUUUUGGGCAGCAUUGUAAAUGGAUUUGCUCUACCACUGAAAGAAGAGCACAAGUUGUUUCUUGUCCGGGCACUUAUUCCCCUACACAAACCAAAAUGCUUGGUAAUGUACCACCAACAAUUAUCUUACUGCAUCACACAAUUUGUGGAAAAGGAUUGCAAGCUUGCUGAUACAGUCAUAAGGGGCUUAUUGAAGUACUGGCCAAUCACCAAUAGUUCCAAGGAAGUGAUGUUCUUAGGUGAAUUGGAGGAAGUUUUAGAAGCAACUCAUCCACCAGAGUUCCAGCGUUGCAUGGUGCCCUUGUUUCUCCAGAUUGCUCGUUGUUUAAACAGUUCUCACUUUCAGGUUGCGGAGAGAGCAUUGUUUUUGUGGAACAACGAUCACAUUGAGAACUUGAUCAAGCAAAAUCACAAUGUCAUUCUACCAAUAAUCUUCCCCGCCUUGGAAAAUAAUGCUAGAAAUCAUUGGAACCAAGCUGUUCAUAGCUUGACCUUAAAUGUGUGCAAGAUUUUCCAUGAUCUUGAUCCCGAGCUGUUUGAAGAGCGCUUACACAAGUUUCAUGAAGAUGAGUCAAAAGAAUAUGAGAUUAAAGCAAGACGCGAAGCCACGUGGCAACGUUUAGAAGAGCUAGCUGUGAAGAACUUCACAAGCAAAGAGCUAGUGCUUGUUUCACGCGAAGCUGCUCAUCAUGCUACAACCUAGCUUAGCUGCAGCAAGUGGACAGUUUGAAUGGCCUGCAAUUUUUUUUCAGUUGAGAUGAGAUUGGUAAAAAAAACUGGUGAGUGGUGAAUGGUUCAAAUGGUUGAAUGUUUUAUUCAUUUAUUUAUUCUCACCUGCUUCAAAAAAAAUUAAACAAAAACAAAUCAUAUCUAUCUACACUACUGGGAAGCGCAUUGUUUUGUUUAUCCUUCUUAUCUUCAGACUUAAGUUAAAGCAUAUAUUUUCUUUUACUGAAGUUUGUUAUAAUGAGGUGCACAACACGACCUGAUGAAGGAAAUGUUUCUUUAUGAGUUGAGCAUAA